AUGAGUGCUGCUAUAUGUUGCAAUUUGUUACACUCUUUCGACAUACCUCCAGAAUAUCAAGCAUCCCCGACAAAGGAAAGAAGUUUUGUUAUUUUUUUUGGUGGGGGAAAUAAAUGGAAACUCUUUGUAGAAAAAGCAUUGGUUAAUAAAGGCUGGGUUUUAUCAGAAAACGAAGAUUUAUUUCAUUUGAAGUGGACUGAACUGAAAUCCCACAUAGACUAUGAAAAAUUCCAAGAAGGCAAACAAUUAGCCAACCAUAUUUCUACUUCAAGCUGUAUAACUACUAAAUCUGGCUUAUUGAAUUCACUGAGGAGUUAUUUUGGUAGUUCUGCUUUCAAAGAACCAGCCAGUGAAUUCAAAAAAUUUUUCCCAGAAACAUAUCGACUUGGAGAUUGUAGAGAGCAAGAGAAACUCCUAAAUACUAUAGGAAAAGAUGAGUUAUGGAUAUGCAAGCCAACUAAUUCCAACCAGGGAAAGGGAAUCUUUCUCAUCAAAGGCAAAAAAGAACUUGUUGAUUAUAUUGACCGGAGAAAAAAACAGAACAAAGCUCGCAAUUCAACCAGAAUAGUGCAAAGAUACAUUGCUUCUCCACUUCUACUAAAUGGAAGAAAAUUCGACAUUAGAGUAUAUCUUCUAGUGGGUAGUUCAAGACCAUACAAUGUAUUCUUCCACAGUGGGUAUUUACGACUAGCCUUGAAUACAUAUGACAAUGGGUCGGAUGAUUUGAGUACGCAUCUUACAAAUCAGUAUUUACAGAAAAAACAUCCAAAUUACUUAGGUUUCAAAAACGAUACUGUCUGGAGUAUGGAACAGUUUCAAAAGUACCUUGAUGAUGAGGGAUAUACAGAGAGACUUGGUCUGAAGCCUGAUUGGGUGUUCACUGAUCUCCACGAGAGGAUGAAAACUUUAGCAUAUACUGUUUUUAGGUCGGCUCAAACAAGCUUGGUUCCUAAGGUAGGAUUGUUUGACUUAUAUGGACUCGAUUUUAUGUUAGACGAAUCUUUAAAUGUUUGGCUCUUAGAAGUGAAUACAAAUCCAGCUCUCCCAUCAUUGUACUGUUUUGCAAGACUUUUUGCCAAAUCUUAUUGACGAGACACUAGGUAUUUGUCUUGAACUUUUCGAUAAAAAAGUGUCUGGUUUAAAAACGUUUCCUAUAGCUUCCCAAAAUAAUUUUGAGCUCAUUUA